UCGACGCUUUGAGCCUUUGAUGCACUUUCUCCUCCUCCCACUUUCUCAUCAUGACCCAACUGAGCGUUUUCUUCACGCGCUCUCCUCCUUUGGCUCCUGCAAACAAGCCUGGUACUACCGUUGCCUUGGCCUUGACCCUGACCCUUAUCCCCUGAAUGGCUACCUCUCUUGAUAUCUGAAUAAAUCAAUCAAGAAAUUUUAUUUUCUUUUCUCUUUUCAAAGACCCAGCUAGAAACAUCGAAAAAAUGAUGAAGAGAAAUGUGAGUGAGAAACUGAUCUUGCAGAGGCAAAAGAAGAAGGCUGAUGACAGGAAGAACAGGUUCUUGAUAACUAUAAAUGUUCUUGGAAGUGCAGGGCCGAUAAGGCUUGUGGUGAAUGAAGAUGAUCUUGUUGCUGGGGUCAUUGAUACUGCUUUGAAGACUUAUUCUCGCGAAGGUCGCCUUCCUGUUCUUGGCUCUGAUAUUAAAAACUUCCUUCUCUACUGUGCAAAUGCUGGUUCUGAUGCUCUGAAUCCAUGGGAGCCAAUAGGUUGUGGAGGGGGAAGAAACUUUGUGCUGUGCAAGAAGCAACGGGAGCCGCAGAUGACAGAAGGGAGGUCAGAAAUGAUAGCAAAGAAGGCAUCUGGUUGGAAGGCCUGGCUCAACAAGUCCUUUAGUUUCAAGGUGUUGUCCCACUGAAGAUCACAUCCUUUUCAUGAGAUCAUCCAUCUUUGUUUUGCUAUAUCCAUUUCAGUACAAAUCAUCUUCCUUGGGCAAUUGUGUGAAUGAUGAUGUCAAAAUCAUCAAGAUAUGUCAAUCCUGGACUGGGAUAUAUAAUAGACCAGUGAUAUAUAUGUGUGUGUGUUCUCGUGUCCAUUAUUGGAAUAUUAAUAAAUUAUUCACUGAAUGGUUCUUCUAAGGCAGGUAAUCAAAAGUUGAAACCUUCUCACUUUCCAUCUUUGCUGCAUUGUAACUUACA